AUUCAUGUUGCAUUGCAAAGUGUAAAAGAAUAAACAUAAAUUUCUUUAGCUUUGUUUUUUGUAUGAAAAUUGGGGAAAACUAAAUUUUUAUCUAAGAUAUUCUUAACAAAAUUAAUUUAAGUAUAUAUUUAAUUGCGAACUUUGAUAGGAAUACUGAAACUGCCAAUAAAGUACUUGUUCAUCCUUGAAGUCUUUGAAAUCGUUUGGUUAAAUUCAACAUUAUAUUUAUUAUGUAUAAAUUAAUAAAUUGUUGAUGGCAGCUUUUUGCUUUCAAUAGUCAAGACUUCUAAAUUUUGAUCUACUUACGGCUUGUGAAUUAUCAAUAAAAAUUAUAACUAUAAUAGUACAAGUAAUAAGAUGAUAUUAAUAUAUUGUAAAAUGUAGCAAUAUUAAUAAUAAUUAUUAUAUUUACUACUCAUUCAAAAUCAGCUAUAGAUUAUUUGUAUAUUAUGCUUUAAAAAUUGGCAAACAUAAGUGUCAUUUCUUGAAAAUUUUUUGUUCUGUCUGAAUAUUUUUUUCAAAAAAGCUGUCAAGAUAAAAUAAACUAGAUUCAUUGUAUGGAAAUUAAAAAGAAAAUCAGUUUCAUUUCUGAAGAUUUAAUCAUAUCAAAGAAGUUGAUUUCAUGUACAGAAUUAUUGAACAUCAUGAUGAAGUUGAGUUGAAACUGAAUCUAAUUGAUUUAAAUUUAGACUUUGAUGCAACCUUAAAAAAUGGUAAUCCAUGUCAUAUAAGAAGUUCAAUUUAAAAAAAAAUACAGAAUGUGAUCAUUCUCAAUCUAAAAUAUUAGUGUUAGAUGGAAACAACGUUACAAAAAAUAAGUUCUAUUGUUUUUUUGACCCCAAUGACUUAUGUAAAGUUGAUUGGAAAAUAGGAUUUUAAUCUUUAAAGUAUAAUGUAUGACCCUCGUCUGAUUAGAGAUUUAUUACCAUUAAACAUAGAUCUGUCCGGAACAUUCAUCGAUAAUUUUAUUGCCAAAUGUUCAUGUUUUAUGUUACAACAAUUUAGUAUUAAAUUAUUCACUGAAUUUUACGAAUCUAGAUGUUCUUGGAGUUAUAGAUCACUUUAUACAAUGAAACGCUUUUACUACUCUCAGUAAUUAUAUAAAACAUGCUGGAUGGCGAUGUAAAAGUUGAUACAAGUAAUUGUUCAGUUACGGAUCAGUGUGCAUUGAAGAAAGAUAUGAAACAUUAUCAUGAGCUUGAAAAGAGAUAUAUCUGCACUGGAAUGGAAAACAUUUUAACAACUCCCAUUGCUCCAAAAAAUGCUUCUGAUCCGAUUGUAUGUGCUAAAAAGUUGCCGAAAAAAAGAAAAUUCAAUCCGGCAGAACUUAGUGAGCAUGAAAAUUGUGCUAACAUUUAUAGAAUUUUAAGCAUAAAAAAUGAAAAUAACGUUUUACCAGAUUGCUCCCCUAAUUUCUCAGAUUCAAAAUGUGAACAGAAAUCAUCGGAAAACAAAGAUUGUCAGAUCGAUGGCCGAAUUAGUGGAUUUCAAAAUGCUGCCGUAGAUUAUUCUUUAAGAGAUGAAGUUAUAACGUCCAAAGAUAUAGAAAAUCAUUUAACGAAAACUGUUAUACCUGGAUUAAAAAUAAAUUUAGAUCUAAAUGAGUGGCUCGAUCACAGGAUAUUGGCUCUCCGUAACGAUCUAUAUUAUCCUGGAGUAAUUAAAUGUGCAGCGGAUGAUACUUUAUUGGUUGAAUUAGAUGGUUCGCAUGAAUUACUUAAAUUUGAUGGUGUUCUUACGAAUAAAAAAUUUGAUAUUAUUUGCAACGCCAGUCCAUCGUUAAAACAAGUCUCUGUAAAUAUGAGAGUAUGUUUCCGCCGAAAUCCAGUUAGUUCCGCUUACUCGAAAAAUGAUUUUAAUACCUUUUCAAUUGGAAUAGUGCGUAAAAUUUUGAUUAAACCUACUAGAUUUAUUGUUGAAAAAAUAUCGAACCAUGAGAACAUUAUUAUUAGAAGAGCAGAUCUUAGGCUACUCAAACCUCCUUGGUGGGAUGAAUUAGAAGAAGCUUGUGAAGAUAGUAAAAAGUUAUUCAGUGAAGUAGAAGAUGUUAGCAGUCAACAGAAUUCGGGAAUUGAAUAUCUUUCGGAAAUACAAUACUAUGCUCUAUCAAAUCAAAAAAAAUGUCAUUAUCGAUCUACUGCAACGAGUCCUCUUCAACCUCUCACAUUUAAUGUGCAAAGUACAUUAGAUAAUGUAUGCUCUACCCGUCUUUAUGACGAAUUCGAAAGUGAAGAUGAUCUUGAUAGAGAGGAUAUAAGUUUUAAUCUAGACGCAGAUGUCAAAUUAUCUGGUAGUAGUAAAAGAAGUAGCGUGCAAAGUAGAGGCAGUUCUAGCAGUGUAAUCGAACAACGUAGUAUUACACCACGGUCACAAGCUGCUACUCCAAGAUCACAAGCUGCUACACCUCACAAGUAUAAAAAAGGCGAUGUAGUUGUAACUCCUAAUGGAAUACGAAAAAAGUUUAAUGGUAAACAAUGGAGACGAUUAUGUAGUAAAGAUCCAUGUACUAAAGAAAGUCAACGUCGCGGCUUUUGUUCACGGCAUUUAAGUUUGAAGGGAUCUAGUUUACGCGUUUCAGGAAAUAAUUACUCAAACAAAAUAGACUACGAAGAUACUUCUCGUGAUUCGGAUACGUCACCAAACUAUUCUGAAAGGCGAAUUACUGGAAGAUUCGAUCAAGAUGAAACUGAGGCCGCAAAUAUGUUAGUUUCUCUUGGAAGUUCUCGUUCUGCAACCCCAGCGUUUUCAUCUCCUACUGGAAAUGUGUCAAUCAGUCCUCGCAUUAAUACGUCACCUAUUUCUUCUCUUGGUGUAAAUCAAAGCAAUGUCUUUAUGCCUAUCUCAAAUCCUGGACAGAAUCCAGCAGUAGCGAAUAAUGAUAAGUGGAAACAAUCUUCAGUGCAAACAAGUAUUUUUUUAAAAUACGUUGAUCGACCAGUUAUCAAACCAGAGCCAAAUCGAGUUAUAUGUUCCACUAAAUCUUCUGUAUGUAUUCCGCAUCCAACUAGUAUAAGCACAAGUGUAAUUCGGAUAUCACCUGUUUGUGGACGGACAGUUCGCACCAAUUUACAUUCAGACGCACUUUGGCUGGAUCAUUCUACUGAUGUAUUGAAUCCUACUACAAAUAAUUUACAAGAACAAUCAGCAAUCAUUCUAGAAAACGUUUUGAAAUCUCCAGAGAGUCCAGCAUCUUCAAUAAACGAUAAUAAACUGCAUGAUUAUCAAAAUUUGCACACUUCACAAAAGUUAACGCAUAUUGAUUAUAUUCAUACCAAACCUUUUGAAAAUUCUACAGAUUCAGUUAAUAUUGAGCAAUCAACGAUAAAUUGUGAAAAUGUUAGUAUACACCCUACAACAAAGUUUUUAGUUAUUCAAAAUAACCCAGAUUCCGUGCUAAGGGAAAAUAAUCAAAAAAAUCAUGAACUUAUUGAAAAUAAUUAUUCUCAAACAAAUAACUUAAAUAUUUCUUAUCAAAAUCAGCAGUUAUCACCAGUUUAUACACAAGAAACAGUAAAAUAUCAGAACACUCUUGAGUGCAACAUGCAAGUUUCUCUUGAUCAGGAAAUACAAAAUCCUAAUGAACUGAAGUCAUACCGCAGUAAUACACCUUUGAAUAUUAUUGAGCCGGCAGUAUCUACGGAUCAAAGAAGUCCAAUUGAUAUUUUUCCACAAGUUAUUAUACAGCAAAAUACAACGUCGAUGGAACAAAAGAAUCUAAGUGUUGAAAGCAAGAAUCCUAUCAAUACCAAUGUACAAUAUUUCCAUUGGCACAGAAUUCCUGAGAAAUCAAGCUCAUGUAUUCAUCCACCAUCUCUAAGUCCACCACUGAGUGCCCCGCCGAUAUCCAUGACUUUGAAAAAUACUGUAGUAGAAGAACACAUAAGUAAAUCUAACGCAAAGAUACAAGAAGAAGAGGAUGAUGACGUUUUUGAAUCUGAGACUGCAACAUUAAUAGAUAAUGAAACGCAUAUAAAUAAACGAAGAUGUCAGUCCUUGAGUGCAUUACAAUCAAAGGAACCACAGAGUCCAACAAAGAUAAAAGACAGAAUACGUCGACCAAUGAACGCUUUCAUGAUUUUUUCAAAAAGACACAGAGCUCUAGUACAUCAAAGACACCCCAAUCAAGAUAAUCGUACUGUUUCCAAAAUUCUCGGCGAAUGGUGGUACGCUUUGGGUGCAGAAGAAAAACAAAAAUAUCAUGACUUAGCAUCAGAAGUCAAAGAAGCUCAUUUCAAAGCUCAUCCUGAUUGGAAAUGGUGUAGUAAAGAUAGAAGAAAAUCUUCUGCAAGUUCAAAGCUUCAUGAAGUUCGUGGGAAACUUGAAACUAGCAACGAAGAAACGGAUAUACCAUUGUUAGAAGAUUCAAAAAUUAAUAGACCCAUUUCACCCGAUGAUGUUGCAAAUAAAAAAGAUAUUUAUUGUGAAAAUAACUUAACUGAAAUUUGUAAUGUCAAUUUGCCAGAAAACCUUCAAAAUGUAGAUGUAUUAGAAUCCACAUGCCGCAAGGAUGAUAAUGAAUGCAUCUCCGAUGAAGAUCAAAUGAUCAUAUGUGAAGAAAUAUCGUUACCAAGCAAUUCUUCCGUUCAAAGUAGUAAAUUCAUAGAUAUUGACAUUCAAAGGCCAAAUAAUUAUAAAAACAUAGUACUAUCUGACUGCGUAUAUUCUAAAAAAGAUGAGGUAACACAUCGACCUAAACCAAUAAAAGCUCGAUUACCGACUAAGAAUACUAAUGCAGUGAAAUGUGAUAUUGGAAUGGCAUCGAUUCUUCCUGCAAAUUAUCCAUACUCGACGCCUAUAAAUCCUACUGGUUUAUGUGGAUUUCAACCAACUGGUGGUGCCUUUAUCACAAUGCCAAUAUCUCCAAAAGUAAUCAAACCAAUUGCAAUUCAGCACACAGGAAAAUUAGUUUUAUCUAAAAAUAUUAGUAAACAAAGUAAUACGUUACAAGAUGACAAACAGAAGUAUUCUAAUUACAUACAAUCACCACCAAAUUCCUUUAAAAAAUUUGCUAAUAAUAUUGAUGAAGAUAUUGAAAUAAUAUCAAAUAAAUCAGCAUUGCCGCCUGUUACGGAUUCUACUAUUACCCAACAGUAUCACAAAAAAAUAGCAUUACAAUCGAAAAUUGAUUCGGAUAUUGAUACGUUAAUAUGUGAUGAUAAUCAAGAAAAUUUAAGAAAAAAUCUCACGAAUAUGAAAACUGACUCAAACAGUGUAAUAGUUAGUAAAAUUUCUGAAACAAUUACACGAACAUCUGAUCAUAAUCAGUAUAUAAGAUGCUCAUCAAUGGUUGCUGAACGAGAACCUUUCAUCGAAACUUCGUUAGAAUCUUUAAAAGAUAAAUCGGAAGGAAAUAAGUCAAGUAACGCAAUAAACUUGAAUAUAGAGACAGCAACCACUUUUGCAAAACAAGAGACCAUAAAAACUAAUUCACCUACUAAAACUGUCGCAGAAAUAGAUUCAAAAAUUGAAAAUAAAAGUACUUUUAAAUUAGCACCAACACCUGCUCAAUUGGGAAAAGCACCACUACAAAAGAGACAAUUAUCAGGAAUCUCUCGUACUACGUUUAAGUCAGAUGAUUCUUCAAGAAAUUCUAGUGAUAAAUGUGAUAACGAGUUUUCAUUAAAUUUUGAAUCAGACUGUGCACAGAUAUUGCCAAAUACGGAGGAUUUAUUAAACUCGCCGAUGACGCAGCCUAAAAAAUUGUCAUUUUCCAAAAGACUUAUUGAAGACGGUAUGGAUAGAGUUCUUCAGCAAGUGAAUUUCAAAGAAAAAUUUUCAUCGUUACCUGAAUAUAAACCAGAAGACAAUCGUAGCCCUAGCGUAAUAUAUUCAAACACGUCACCUCAAGUAAGCAGUUCAUCAAGAUGUCUCCAAAUUUAUAAGAAAAAAGUACUCUCAACUCCUCUACAAUUAUCAGUCCAUCAAGAUGAAUCUGAUCCAGCACCAAAUUCGUCUAAUGUAAAUUCAAAUAUUAGAUUGACUGGUAAUACAUUUUUUGGACCUGACUUCAAUAUUGAAGAGUAUCAAUCAGUUUCUGAGAAUGCUUCAAACGAUGCAAUAAAUUCACCUAGAACUCCGAAGACACCCAGCAGCGGUGUUAUGAGUGUUGUAAAAGAUAAUGAACGUGGCCACAGAAAAAUUCUAGAACAGAGAAGACAACUAGUUAUGCAGCUUUUUCAAGAUCAUGGAUAUUUCCCGACAACACAAGCAACAUCUGCAUUUCAAGCUAGAUAUUCGGAUGUAUUUCCAAAUAAGACAAGUUUACAACUUAAAAUACGUGAAGUACGACAAAAAUUGAAAGCUAACACUACACCUGUCAGUGCUGGCAGCUUGAACAGUCCACAAGCGACAUACGAUAUACCGACAACUAACAGUGGUAACGUGUCUUCGUCUAUUGGUGUCUCGAUCACUUUACCUGUUAAUAGCAAUAAUAGCUAGCACUCAAAAAUCGACUGUGAUACUUCUAUAGUGUAUAAAAAUCUAAGGAAUAAUGCAUUUGUUGUCAUUUGAAAUCUCAAAAAAAUUAUUAGUAAUCCACUUAGAAAAAUUACUCUCUUGUAAAGACAGUUAAAUACAACUGUUCAAUCUACAUAAACGAGGGAGUGAAGAUAUUGAUCUACUGUCACAUACUCAAAAAUUCUAUUAAAAAUAUGUCUGUUUAAGUUUAAUUUAGACAAAAUUCAGUCUUCUGUUGAACUUUGUAAAAUGUUAAUUUUAGUUAUCGUUAUUGUAUCUUUAUUUAAUAUACUUUGUGACACUUUUGACAAGAUUAGAAACUCAAAACUAAAUAACAUACGAGAUAUGUUUUACUUGUAAAAAUUUAUAAAACCGUCACAAAUAUGUGACCAUAAUAUAAAACUUGUACAUGCAAUGUUCUGGUAAUGCUACAAUUUUUAUUUAACUAAUUCACCCUAUA